UUGGAAAAGUCCACUACGCUUUAUAUUGGAAAUUUAUCCUUUUUCACCACUGAAGAGCAGAUAUAUGAGCUCUUUUCUAAAUGCGGUGAGAUCAAGCGGAUUAUCAUGGGUCUAGAUAGAAUUAAAAAGACUCCUUGUGGUUUCAGUUUUGUCGAAUACCAUCAUCGCCAGGAUGCUUUGGACUGUAUGAGCUUUAUUAACGGUACUAAGCUCGAUGAACGACUAAUUCGAAUAGAUAUUGAUCCGGGAUUUGUAAAUGGUCGUCAAUAUGGACGAGGACGAAGUGGUGGUCAGGUGCGAGAUGAUCACCGAGAAGAUUAUGACGAAGGUCGUGGUGGAUGGGGAGCACGCAUGCGCGAGGAUGAGCAGCGUGAACAGCAUCAAAGAGAUGUGUACGAUGGACAGAAUAGUUUUGCACAUGUAUCCCAAGGCGCAUCGGAUUACUACACCAAGUCUUAUAUCCGUAAGUAG